AUGGACUCGUCUAACACGUAUACUCCCGAGGAGCUCGAAACCGUCGAGACCCUUAGAUCUUUCAGUCCAGAAGAUAUUGAAGCCGCCGUAGCCCUCUUGAAGCUCUCACGAGAGGGCACAACACCGACAGAUGGUGGUAAAGAGAAAACGAGGGCUUGUCCACCACAAGCUCAAUCAAACAUUGGACAAGGGAACGGAUGUGCUAGGCCUGCUGAUCUUCCUAUGAGGGCAUCACUUGUACGCACCCCCGGGAGAAAUUCACACGUCUACCUACCGGCUGAUAUACCGCCCGUGCGGGGGUCAGUUAAAACCGUUUCACAGUAUAAUCGUAAUCUCUGUGCUGCUGAAAACCAUAUCAUUGAUGUAGUUCUGGCACAGUAUGGCCUAACGCGGAGAAACGAUAUCCACGGGCAACCACCUCCAGGUUUCCAGCUAGCACGUCUCAAGGUCGAUCUGGAGACUGCGAAAAACAAUAUUGACCAGGCCUUGCUCAAAGAAGCGAACAGGAUGCUGGCUGUUAGGGCAUCUCUUCAGCGGGCACGGCGUGCCGAUCAAAGGGCAAGGAAUGGCCACACAGAAGGUCGACAGAACGACAAUUCGGAGCGAUGA